AAAUUGAAGUGAAAAUGCCAGAGCUAAAUUGAAUGUUUGUUAUUGUUUAAUAAUUGUAAUAUAUUUUUAAAACUAAAAUUAGAAAGAUGUUUCGUAAUUUAUACAAGCAAAGUGGGAAAGUCAUAACCGAAUUACAAGAAGAAAGGCGUAGAAAAUUGUUGGAAGAGCAGAAACGCAAUCGGUUGCUAUUACAUGACUUAAAACGUGGUAUAGAUUUUUCGGAUGAACACAAGAAGGAAACAAAACAAUCCGCUUCAGUUAAUAAAAGCUCUAGAGCAUUGCAAAAUGCAGAUGGUACGGAGUAUUCCCUACAGUUAUCUGAAUGGUUACGAGAGCGUCCCGAGAAUAUAGAUGAUUGGAUUUUGGUGCCAUGCCCAAAAGGGCAACGUUGUUUAGUUGUGACAUAUAGUGGGCGCACUGAAAUGUAUACUAAAGCUGGUCGUCGGCGUAUGUAUUUUCCUAGUUUAUUACCUGGUGGCAGUGGUCCACGUGGUAGUAAAAUGAGCACAAUACUGGAUUGUGUUUAUUCAGCUGAUGAGGAUACAUUUUAUGUAUUGGAUGCACUGGUUUAUGGCAAUCAAGAGUUGGUUCAUUGUGAAGCACAGUUUCGUUUCUUUUGGUUACGUUCGAAAUUCGAAGAGUGCCCUGAACUUUGUGUUGCUAAUUCAUGUAACAAGAAAUCAUUUAAAUACCUGCCGCGCUAUGAUUUUGAAAAUGGUGCUGACAUUUCAGAAGCUUUUCAACGGUAUCCUUUUUGGUCAGAAAAUGUACCUCGAUUAGAUGGUUGGUUGUUUUAUCACAAAGAGUCCAGUUAUACCUACGGUACUACGCCUUUAGUCGGUUGGCUGUUUGCAUUUAUGGUCCCCGAUAUACUUGGAAUUGAAGUAAACGAAAAUUACGAACGUCCCAUGGACUAUAGCGAUCCAAUAAAUUAUAUGGAUGACUUUGAUGCCAAAUUAGCAGGUAUAAAACAAAAACAUUCAACUAAGAGCUCUUAUACCAAAGGAAGUGACUCUCUUGACACAAUUGAAAUUGACGAUGAGGAAAAUAUGGAUGAAGGUGACAAUGCGGAAUUAUUAAAAGUGCUUAAUGAGGAACGUAAAUUAGAAAUCGGUGAACCAUAUUACCGUCUUCAUGUAUGCGAAGAAGAAUUGCUCCAAUAGCAAUUUAUUUA